CCCUCGGCUCCGGACGGUCCCCAGACGCGGACCGCCGAGCUCUGGACACCGCCGGGGGCCCGAGCCCAUCGGUCACCUGAGCAAAGAGGAUGAAGGUAACAGACAGAGAAAUCACUUGCUGGCUGUUCUUCACUGUGAUCUGCCUGGUGGCCUCCCCCGGGGGCAGGGCCUGUCCUCGCCGUUGUGCCUGUUAUGUGCCCGCAGAGGUACACUGCACGUUUCGGUACCUGACCUCCAUCCCAGACAACAUCCCCCGUGAUGUGGAGCGUAUCAAUUUAGGGUACAACAGCUUGGCUAGACUGACAGAAAUGGAUUUUUCUGGCCUCAACAAAUUGGAGUUACUAAUGCUGCACAGCAAUGGCAUUCACACAAUCCCUGCUAAGACCUUCUCAGAUCUGCAGGCCUUGCAGGUCUUAAAAAUGAGCUAUAAUAAAGUCCGAAAACUUCAGAAAGAUACUUUUUAUGGCCUCAGGAGCUUGACACGGUUGCAUCUGGACCACAAUAGUAUUGAGUUUAUAAACCCAGAGGUUUUCAAUGGACUUACCUUUCUCCGAUUGGUGCAUUUGGAAGGAAAUCAGCUCACUAAACUCCAUCCAGAUACAUUUGUGUCUUUGCGAUACCUCCAGAUAUUUAAAACAUCCUUCAUUAAGUAUCUAUACUUGUCUGAUAACUUCCUGAGCUCCCUUCCUCAAGAGAUGGUCUCCUAUAUGCCUAAUCUGGAAAGUCUUUAUCUUCAUGGAAACCCCUGGACCUGUGAUUGCCACUUAAAAUGGUUGUCUGACUGGAUACAGGAGAAGCCAGAUAUAAUAAAAUGCAAAAAGGACAGAAGUCCCUCCAGUCCUCAGCAAUGUCCACUUUGCAUGAACCCCAGGACCUCUAAAGGCAAGCCCUUAGCUAUGGUCCCAGCUGUGGCUUUCCGGUGUGCCAAGCCAAGCAUUGACCCAUUCCUGAAACUGAAGAGCCUGCCGAUUUUGGAAGACAGUGGUUCUGUGUCCAUGUCUCCCCAAGAUUUCAUGUCACCCUUGGGCUCCCUCACAUUGAAUCUGACAGACCAGUCUGGAAAUGAAGCUAACAUGGUCUGCAGUAUUCAGAAGCCCUCCCAGACAUCCUCCAUUGUACUCACUGAGGAAAAUGACUACAUCAUGCUAAAUACAUCAUUUUCAACAUUUCUGGUGUGUAACAUAGAUUACAGUCACAUUCAGUCAGUUUGGCAAGUUCUGGCUUUGUACAGUGACUUUCCUCUGAUACUAGAAAGGUGCCACUUGCUCCCUGAAACAACACAAUAUGGCGACAAAUAUAAUCAAGUGGCUCCUGAGCCCAAAGAUAUUUUUACCAACAUAGAGGCUGUUCUCAAAGCAGAUCCCCCUUGGCUAAUGCAAGACCGAAUUUCCUUGCAACUAAACAGAACUGCCACCACACUCAGUGCGCUGCAGAUCCAGUACUCUAGUGAUGCUCAGGUCUCUUUACCAAGGGCAGAGAUGAGGCCAGUGAACCACAAAUGGACCAUGAUUUCCAGGGAUAACAAUACUAAGCUGGAACACACUGUUUUGGUUGGUGGGACCAUUGACCUAGACUGCCCAGGCCUGGGAGAUCCCACCCCACAUCUGGAGUGGGUUCUAGCUGAUGGAAGUAAAGUGACAGCCCCUUAUGUUAGUGAGGACGGACGAAUCCUAAUAGACAGAAGUGGAAAACUGGAGCUCCAGAUGGCUGACAGCUUUGACACAGGCACAUACCACUGCAUAAGCACCAAUUAUGAUGAUACAGAUUUUCUCACCUACAGGAUUACUGUGGUAGAGCCCUACAUCAAAGCCUACCAUGAAAAUGGUAUUCAUCACACAGCGUUCAUUGGUGAAACACUUGACCUCCCAUGCCAUUCUACUGGUAUCCCAGAUGCCUCUGUUAGCUGGGUUCUUCCAGGAAGAACUGUGCUCUAUCAGUCCUCAAGAGACAGACAAAUUCUCAACAAUGGCACACUAAGGAUAUUACAGAUCACCCCAAAAGACCAGGGUCAUUAUCGUUGUAUAGCAGCCAACCCAUCAGGUAUAGAUUUUCUGAUUAACAAAGUUUCAAUCAAAACAAAAGGGCAAAAGCCAGUGGACCAUGAUGUAGAAACAGAUGGCUCUGGACUGGAUGAGCCUAAUCCUGCUGCUCACUCUCAAGAGCCCCCAGUCGCCCAACCCUCUACAGCUGCUCCAGCGGGAGCUGCAGUGGGAUACCAAGCCUCCAGCACGAGCAAGAAGCACAACUACCGGGAACCAGUGCACCUGGGGCGUCGAGAUUCAACAAACCACCCCUUUAGGGAGCGCAGGAAGCAGUUCCCUCCCUCUGCUCAGAGAAUUGACCCACUACGCUGGGCAGCACUUUUGGAGAAAGCUAAAAAGAAUGCUGUGUCAGAGAGGAAGGAGAAAAGCACAACAAGGCCACCUGUCCUGGUCACCCAGCUCCUAGACAUACAUGGUGAGGAAGUGGACUCUUCAGGCCUGCUCCCUCCAGAUGAGGAAUUUAUGGUCCUGGCAACUGAAGUUCCCAGUGUUCUGGUAAGGACCAGGGCUGCCCACCCCAGGACAGUAUCUAACAGCCCUGUGACAAAUACAACAGCUGGCACCAAAGUCUCCCCCACGGCAAGUCCACAAACACUACCACCAGGGAAACCAGUAGAUUCCAAACGGUCUGCUGCUGCUGAAACUACAGCUGUGUCAACGGACGUAAACCCAGCCACAUCAAGCAAAAGGCAAGGCACAGCCAACCAAAAGGUACCCACCAUCUCUCCUCCGCUACCUGAAGCAACUCAUUUUCAUGGCAGUGAUGACAUGGGGAAGAGGAGAGAGCAUCUGGAAACUGCCCACCCAGUAACAGUGGGGACUGCAGCCAAAGAUGUCAAUAUCAAAAUGCUUCAUAGUGCUAACAGCAAAGCUGAUGUGUUCUCAGGGGCGGUAAGUGCCAUGGAGAGUCAUCAGACAUCCGUAACAGGAACCACUGAACCCAGGAGCAAUCGCAUCUCUUCUCCUGUGACACAAAAGCUUAGCACCUCUAAGCGCCCCUCGAGCACACACACUCCUGCACGUUCUCAGUUACAGAUUUCCAGAAAUAGUACAACUAACAUCCCUCUGUCUGGACGCUUUGGAAGACGGAGGAAAAUCUGGGGCAGGGGGCGAAUUAUCAGCUCAUACAGAACUCCACUUCUCCGACAGCACAGAUACAGCUUUGUGAGGCCAACUUUCAGAGGCUCUUCUGAAGAAAGUGCCAGUGCAUUUCCAGCCACAGGGCACAACAUGGGCUGCCCGUCCUGUUCUCCCAGAGAGAGGCUCACCACUUCCACAGCAGCAAGGCCUUUUCCAAGUUCUUUGCCCAUUUCCUCCACUAAAGCUGAAAUUGCCACAGUCACCGCAGCAGCAUCUACAACUCUAGUCCACAGUCCUUUGUUACCAUUUGAGAACAGACCAAAUGUAGACACUGAGAAAACAACACCCACGAUAAAAUAUUUCAGUGCUGAAGGUACACAAGUGACUCCAGCUGGUGCAGUCAUGACUCUUGCCAGAACAGCCCAGGUAUUUAUGGAAAAAGCUCACAUAAAAAAUAUUGUUUACCCAAGUGCAUCUAACACCGGUGAAGUUAAAAGAGAUUCAGUGAUUACACCACCUCUGCCAGGUCCCAGCACAAAGCCAUCUAUGCCUACUUCUAUAGCCAUUACAAGAUUUUCAAGAAGGAAAAUUCCCUGGCAUCAGAUUUUUGUAAACAACUAUAUGCAAAAAGGGAGGAUAAAGAGUCACCAUAAAUUUGGUUCACAAAAGAGCAGAAACACAGUGCUUGUUAAAAUACCCCCUGCUUUACCCAGGAAUAAAGUUUCCCCCACCUUCCCUAGCAUAACACUCUCAGCAGGUGUGAUGCAGAUUCUAUCAGUAACAUCAGCUGCGACUCACCACAAUCUCACUGCAACACACAGUCCUGUCAGUCUCCCACCAGUGAAGCAGCUGCUCUUCCCUCCUGUUCACACUAUACCUCCUAGUAUCUCAAUCAAAGAAUCAAGUACACAUUUCAUAUCAAUGCAGACAGCCACACUGACGACGCCCUCUACUGCCCCUGUGUCUAUCAUCAGUAAAACCCAAAUAAUCAGACCCAGGACACGAGAAGCCCAAAGGAAAAAGGAGCCUCAGGAGAACAGGAAUGACCCAAACACCUCUCCAAACCAGAGUUCUGGCUUCAGCACAUCCAGGGCUAUGACACCUCCUGAUCUCACUGCCCAUGAAACUUCAGCCCAGUCCAGUGUCUCUGUUUUCACUCAUUCUCCCAUAGAAAGUACAAAAGGAAUCUCAAGCAUAAUCGGUCUUCAUCCAAGAACACUUAACCUGACAGAUACAGGUGAGAGACUACCCCAAGAGAGCACUCAGACUUCGAGCACAGCUGCUUCUGAAGCCACCUUGUCCAGCAGACCACACCAGACUACACCUAGAGAUACGAUCCCUAGGCACUCAACCGUGCCACCCCUCCUGAGCAGCUGUGCUACUCCAGCACCCAUCCACACCUCCCUGCCUGUGAGUGAUCAAAGUGCAGUUAUGGGUAGCGUGGCAAGUCCCUCUUCCAGGAUAAUGACAAAUAUAAUGGUCAGGCCCCAAGAGUCCUCAGGGCACAAUGCUAAUCCACAGGAAUUAGCGGCAGAGAUUGCUACACCUCCCAAAGCUCACCCAAAUGCCAAAUACACAACGGGAACCACCCACUUUCUCUAUUCCAGUCUCUUACAGUCUACUCCUGUGCCAGCACUAACAAUAGUCAAACCACAGAGUUCUAAAUUGACUCCCUCUCCCUUGUCAGAAAACCACUUCUGGAACAAGUCAUACCGAGAAAUUGCUGAAAAAGGCAAAAAGUCAAUAGUGAGCAUGUUGCCCACCCCAGGCUUGCCAGAGGACACCACUCGUGUUUCAAACUGGGAUAUACAGGAGACUGCAAAGAAAAGUCGCUUUGAUGAGAUACCAGUUCAAAUAACAACUUCUGAACUCCUUCCCUUUGACUCUUUGUCCAGGAAUAUAUUCGAAAGGCCCAGAAUAGUUGGAGGAAAAGCAGCAAGUUAUACUGUUCCAGCUAACUCAGAUGCCUUUCUUCCUUGUGAGGCUGUUGGGAAUCCCCUCCCCACCAUCCACUGGACCAAAGUCUCAUCAGGACUUGAUUUGUCUAAAAGGAAAGAGAACAGCAGGUUCCAGGUGCUCCCCAAUGGCACCCUGGCCAUACAGGAGGUGGACAUUCAGGACCGUGGACAGUACCUGUGCUCUGCUUCCAAUCCCCUGGGCACAGACCACCUUCACGUCACCUUGUCUGUGGUUUCCUAUCCUCCCAGGAUCCUGGAGAGACGUAACAAAGAGAUCACAGUCCAUUCUGGAAGCACUGUAGAAUUGAAGUGCAGUGCUGAAGGUAGUCCAAGCCCUAUGAUUUAUUGGAUUCUCGCAAACCAAACAGUGGUCUCAGAAUCCUCUGAGGGGAAAAGGCAGGCCCUGGUGAAAUCUGAUGGAACGCUGGUCAUCCACAGUCUCAGCAUCUAUGACAGGGGCUUUUACAAAUGCAUGGCCAACAACUCAGCUGGCCAGGACUCACUGCUGGUUAAACUUCAAGUCAUUGCAGCCCCACCUGUCAUUCUAGAGCAAAAGAGGCAAGUCAUUGCAGGGAUGUGGGGUGAAAGUUUGAAACUGCCUUGUACUGCAAAAGGAACUCCUCAGCCUAGUGUCCACUGGGUCCUCACUGAUGGCACCAAAGUGACACCAUUACAGUCGAUCAAUUCCAAGUUGUUCUUAUUUUCAAAUGGGACACUGCAUGUAAGAAAUGUAGCUUCUUCAGACAGGGGCACUUAUGAAUGUAUUGCUACCAGCUCCACUGGCUCAGAGAGAAGGGUGGUAAUUCUUACAGUAGAAGAGCAAGAGACCAUCCCCAGGAUAGAAUCUGCAUCCCAGAAGUGGACUGAGGUGAACUUUGGGGACAAAUUACUACUGAACUGCUCAGCCAUUGGGGAACCCAAGCCCAAAAUAAUCUGGAGGUUACCAUCCAAGGCUGUCGUCGACCAGUGGCACAGAAUGGGCAGCCGGAUCCAUGUCUACCCAAAUGGAUCCCUGUUUAUUGGAUCAAUAACAGAAAAAGAUGGCGGUGACUACUUGUGUGUGGCAAGAAACAAGCUGGGAGAUGAUCUGAUACUGAUGCAUGUCAGUCUAAGACUGAAACCUGCCAAAAUUGACCACAAGCAACAUUUUAAAAAGCAAGUGUUUCAUGGAAAAGAUUUCCAAGUUGAUUGCAAGGCUUCUGGCUCACCAAUACCUGAGAUAUCCUGGAGUUUGCCUGAUGGAACUGUGAUAAACAAUGCAAUGCAAGCGGAUGACAGUGGCCACAGGACCAGGAGGUAUACCCUUUUUGACAACGGAACCCUAUACUUCAACAAAGUUGGGAUAGCAGAGGAAGGAGAUUAUACUUGCCAUGCCCAGAACACUCUAGGGAAGGAUGAAAUGAAGGUCCACCUAACGGUAGUAACAGCUGCCCCACGGAUUAGGCAGGGUUACAAGACCAACUCAAGAAUCAAGGCUGGAGACACAGCAGUCCUUGACUGUGAGGUCAUUGGCAAACCCAGACCAAAAAUAUUUUGGCUGCUGCCUUCCAGGGACAUGAUUUCAUUCUCUAAGGAUAGGUACACUUUUCAUGCCAAUGGGUCUUUGUCCAUCAGCAAAGUGAAACUGCUUGAUUCCGGAGAGUAUGUGUGCGUGGCCCGGAAUCCCAGUGGGGAUGACACAAAAAUGUACAAACUGGACAUUGUCUCCCAACCUCCAUUAAUCAAUGGUCUAUAUACAAACAAAACGGUCAUUAAAGCCACCGCUGUGAGGCAUUCCAAAAGACUCUUUGACUGCCGAGCUGAGGGAUCGCCGUCUCCCCAAAUCAUGUGGAUCAUGCCAGACAAUAUUUUCCUCACAGCCCCAUACUAUGGAAGCAGAAUCACGGUCUAUGGGAAUGGAACCUUGGAAAUUAGGAAUGUGAGGCUUUCAGAUUCAGCUGAUUUUAUCUGUGUGGCUCGGAAUGAAGGAGGAGAGAGUGUGCUGGUGGUACAGUUAGAAGUGCUGGAAAUGCUGAGAAGACCAACAUUCAGAUAUCCAUUCAAUGAAAAAGUAGUUGCCCAGAUUGGAAAGCCCACAGUACUGAAUUGCUCUGUUGACGGAAAUCCGCCACCUGAAAUGAUCUGGAUUUUGCCAAAUGGCACACAAUUUCCCAAUGAACCACAAAAUUCUCAGUACUUGAUAGCAAGCAAUGGUUCUUUUAUCAUUUACAAAACAACUCGGGGUGAUGCAGGAAAGUAUCGGUGUGCUGCCAGAAAUAAAGUUGGCUAUAUUGAGAAACUAAUUGUACUAGGAAUUGGCCAGAAGCCAGUUAUUCUUACUUAUGCAGUAGGAAUAGUUUACUGUAUCAGUGGAGACUCUCUUUCACUGCACUGUGUGUCUGAUGGAAGCCCUAAGCCAAAUAUCAAAUGGACUGUACCUAGUGGUUAUGUAAUAGAUAGGCCCCAAAGUAACGGAAAAUAUACAUUGCAUGAAAAUGGCACCUUAGUCAUCAAAGAAGCAACAGCUUACGACAGGGGAAACUAUAUUUGUAAGGCUCAAAAUAGUGUUGGCCAUGCACUGAUCACUGUGCCAGUAAUGGUUGUAGCCUACCCUCCCCGUAUUACAAAUCGCCCGCCCAGGAGCAUCCUCACGAGAACAGGAGCGGUCAUUCAGCUCCAGUGUGUGGCCCUGGGAGUCCCCAAGCCAGAAAUCACAUGGGAGAUGCCUGACCACUCCCUGCUGUCAAGGGCAUAUAAAGGGAGGGCCCAUGACAUUGAGCCUCCGCACCCACAAGGUACCCUAGUCAUUCAGAAUCCACAAACCUCAGAUUCUGGAGUGUACAAAUGCACAGCAAAGAAUCCGCUGGGUAGUGAUUAUGCAACAACUCAUAUUCAAGUAAUCUGACAUGAAAUAAAAUUAGUUGAACAAAGCCAAC